GCCUCCAGGGGGCGCUGUGGCGAAGGCCGGGCGGGCGGCACGGAAACGCGUUUGAACUUGGCCCCCGCCGCUGCCCGUAGCCGGCGUCUCCAACAUGGCGGCCGCCCAAGAUGUCCACGUCCGGAUCUGUAACCAAGAGAUCGUCAAAUUCGACCUGGAGGUGAAGGCGCUGAUCCAGGAUAUCCGGGAUUGCUCGGGACCACUGAGUGCACUUACUGAGCUGAAUGCUAAAGUGAAGGAGAAGUUUCAGCAGCUCCGGCACAGGAUACAGGAGCUGGAGCAGUCAGCUAAAGAACAAGACAGAGAGUCGGACAAGCAAGUUCUGCUCCAGGAGGUGGAGAACCACAAGAAGCAGAUGCUCAGCAAUCAGACGUCGUGGCGGAAAGCGAAUCUCACCUGCAAAAUCGCCAUCGACAACCUGGAGAAGGCAGAGCUGCUCCAGGGAGGAGACCUCUUGAGGCAAAGGAAAACCGCCAAGGAGAACCUGGCGCAGACGUCCAGCACCAUCACCGAGAACCUCAUGGGGAUCAGCAGGGUGAUGUCCCAGCAGGUGCAGCAGAGCGAGGAAGCCAUGCAGACGCUGGUCAACUCUUCCCGGACCAUCCUGGACGCCAACGAAGAGUUCAAGUCCAUGUCGGGGACCAUCCAGCUGGGGCGGAAGCUCAUCACAAAGUACAACCGCCGGGAGCUGACGGACAAGCUGCUGAUCUUCCUGGCCCUGGCCCUUUUCCUGGCUACGGUUCUCUACAUUGUCAAAAAGCGGCUCUUCCCAUUUCUGUGAGAGCCCAGAACUGCCAGCAGCUGCCCUUCAAGCUCCGGGUCAGGACCCAGCCGGGCUCCUGAGCUCUGGCCCCGCUGCCAGCCGACCCAGCCCCCGGGGUCCAGGUGCUGCGCAGGCGGAUGGAGACGCUCUGCUCUGGGUUUUGCAGGCAGCUGGAGGCUGUGCCAGGUGCCUACAGGCACGGGGAUCCUACAGGCACGGGGAUCCUACAGGCAUGGGGAUCCUACAGGCACGGGGAUCCUACAGGCACGGGAUCCCAGAGCCACCACACUGGGUGGCUGCUACGUGGGGCACUCGGAGCCACCCUCUGGGGUCUGAGGUUCCUCUCUCCCUCUCUCUCUCCUGCUGUUGCCUUCAAGCCCGAUCAGGGGGCGGCGAAGAGAAACGGGGGUGGGCGGAUGACGACUUGGGUCCAUUCCUGAAUAAACUGGACUGUACUG